AUGGAGGUAAAGCUGUCGAUUGGAAAUGGUCGGCCCAUUCCACCUCCGCUACCUCAUCCUGCGGACUAUGUUGUUGAGUUUGACGGACCUGGCGACCCCAAGCAUCCCUUCAACUGGAAACUCUCUGCCAAGCUGUUCGCAUCUAUCCUCGCGUGUUCCGGAACAUUCAUCGUCUCAUUCACCAGCGCCGUCUUCGCCCCAGGAAUCGACUACGCAAGUAAAGAAUUCGGGGUCGGCUCAGAAGUUGGACAGCUGGGAACCACUUUUUACGUGCUUGGCUUUAGCUUCGGUCCAUUGAUCUGGGCCCCAGCCUCAGAGCUCAGAGGCCGCAAGUGGCCACUCACAAUCGCCAUGCUCGGUGGAGGAAUCUUCACCAUCGGCAGCGCGGUUGCGAAAGAUAUCCAGACGCUCAUUAUAUGUCGCUUCUUUGCUGGGAUGUGCGGGGCAAGCCAGCUUACUGUUGUACCUGGCGUGUUAUCAGAUACUUUUGAUAAUAGAUACCGUGGCGUGGCGAUCUCACUGUACGCGUUGACGGUCUUUGUUGGUCCGUUCAGUGCUCCUUUUACAGGUGGAUUCAUUGCAUCGAGUACCCUUGGAUGGCGGUGGACUCUUUAUAUUCCUGCCAUUGUGAGCUUUGCCAAUGGCGCCGUUUCACUGGUCUUUUUGCGGGAAACUUACGCGCCAUGUAUCCUCAUGGAAAAGGCCGCUGCCCUACGUCGCCAGACGGGGAACUGGGGCAUUCACGCCAAACAGGAGAAGAUUGAAGUUGACUUCAAGGAAAUGGCUGAGAAGUAUUUUACUCGGCCGUUGAGGAUGCUCGUCACUGAGCCUAUUAUCCUGUUCGUGUCGAUGUAUAUGUCAUUCAUCUAUGGGAUAGUCUAUGCACUGCUCGAGGCGUAUCCCUAUGUUUUUGAGGAUAUUCAUGGUAUGAAGCCCGGGGUCAGUGGCCUUCCGUUUAUCGGCCUUAUCGUUGGCCAGGUCCUGGCCUGCACUUUCAUUCUUUUGCAGCAUUCGACCUACGGGAAAAGGCUGGCGGAGAAUAAGGAUGUGCCAGUGCCCGAAUGGCGUCUGCGUCCGACUAUUCUUGGAGCUCCGGUCUUUACGAUCGGUAUCUUCUGGUUUGGCUGGACGGGUUUCACUGACAAAAUCCACUGGGCUGCACCUACGGUGGCUGGAAUUUUCAUCGGAUUCGGGGUUUUGUGCGUCUUCCUGCCGUGCUUCAACUAUCUCGUUGACGCUUAUCUACCACUAGCUGCAUCAACGGUCGCAGCAAACAUCAUCCUCCGGUCGGUAGUUGCAUCAGGGUUUCCUCUCUUUUCCAAGCAGAUGUUCAAAAAUAUGGGUGUCCAAUGGGCUGGGACUCUGCUCGGAUGUCUGGCUGCAAUUAUGAUCCCCAUCCCUCUUGCAUUCAGAGCUUACGGGCCGUGGUUGAGAAGUAAGAGUAAGCUAUUUCAAUAG